GCGCACAUAAAUAUGAAGUUAGUCGCCACUUGGAGCGUAGUCUAUACGGUGUAUUGAGCAGAAACAGUACGAUGGUGCGAAGUGUACUGCGCGGCGAUACAUGUGGAUACUGCAAUGCGUGCGUGCGCAUACGCCUGUGCGCCGCGCGAGGCAGGAGUCCUGAACCUUUGGAGUGCGCCUACAAGCACAUCUUAGAGUCGUAUAGUGGUGAAAGCCCCGUUACGAAGGCACCAGAAUCCCCGAAACCUGUCUGUGCGUCCUGUCGAUGGACUUCCGAUGCCCAGUUCCCUGAAACACCGCCGUCACUAAGCGAUCUCAGUACAGAAUGGAGUUCCAGAUCUUCCCACCGGUCGCGCACGCGCCGACGCAAGAGGUAGGCUAUGAACGCGUGGACUCCUUGGUACGGCUACGAAGAGACGUGAUAUAUUUUUUUAAUUCACCUCCAGAAGCGAUGAAGAUCGUGCAUACUGUCAAUGAUUGCUAGUCACUAUGUUAUAAAUAUUUGCUGAU